AUGUCGCAACAUACUGAAAGAGCAAAAGGAAAUAUUGAGGAAAAAGAAUGGAUUCCAAAGACGAAUCUUGGAAAGCUCGUGAAGAUGGGCAAAAUCACAAAUGUCGACGAGAUUUUUAGAAGCUCAAUACGCAUUCAGGAGCCAGAGAUCGUGGAGCAUCUUCUUGGCAAGGCCAAUCUAAAGGAGGAUCUUGUCUCGGUACAGUCGGUUCAAAAACAGUCCAAAGCCGGUCAGAGGACAUCAAUGAAGGUUGUUGCAAUUGUUGGGAACCAGAAUGGUUAUAUUGGAAUUGGCACGCAUUCAGCCAGAGAGCUUUCAACAUCAAUCAAGGCAGCAGUUAACAAGGCCAAAAUGAAUAUAAUUCCAGUUAGAAUGGGCCAGUGGGAUGGUGUUGGUAACAUCCGACAUACUGUUGUGACUAAGUGCUCUGGAAAAUGCGGCUCCGUCACUGUCAGGGUUGUUCCAGCACCAAUUGGAACAGGAAUUGAGUGUUCUGACAUUCACAGGAGAAUCUUCCAGCUUGCAGGCAUUCAAGACAUAUUUGUUAAGAGCUAUGGUCGAACAAAGACUACUGAAAACUUGGCCAAGGCUACUAUCAAAGCCCUGGAGACGACCAGCAACUACUUCUUGCCCCAAGACUGGUUCAGCGAGGCAGAAGAGGUUAAAAAGAUACUCAAUCCUCUUGUUGAGAAUGCCGACAUUCUUGUUCAGAUGGGAAAGGUGUCAUUCAAUUAA